CUACCCCGUUCCUCUGGACUGUCAACGAGAAUCCUACGAGCUCGUGUGCCGCAUGGAUGUGUGCAUCAAGUCAUAUCUGCCACAGCCAACACUAUGCAAACGAUGCACUAGGGCCGGGAUUGUCAUUGCCUCAGUGGUAAGAGCAACUUUGAGCCUGAGUGAGAGGAAGGGAACAUCGGCAAUUCUGCUCUGACCGCCUUUGCGGUGUCAAAGUAUCGAAAUUGGGGAACAUUCAAUCGAUAAGCCCGCUUCUAUGACUAUAAGAUAACUAAAAUACCGGUAUCGUCCUCUCCUCGGGUUACACCGCCCACGUGGCAUCAUCAGCUAUUAGAUAACUCUCGGACGAUAUCUCAACCAGGCAACCUGUGAUUAAAACAUACCGCAAGUCUUCAAAACUCGCCAAAUUAGUUAUUGUCCGCCUUUGGGCCAGUGUUGUUGUCAGAAUGGUUCAAGCCCUAGCUUUCCACGGCGCUCUCGUCCACUCUCUUGGCCCCAACCAGGUAGAGAUUCUUGAAAACGCAGGCCUCGUCAUUGGAGAAGACGGACUGAUCUCUGAGUUUUAUCACGAAAUCUCCGCCGAGGAACUAUCCAAGACGCUUCCGAAUAACGUCCAUUUCCAAAAGCUUGAAAAGGGCCAAUUCUUAUCGCCCGGGUUCAUCGACACUCAUAACCAUGCCCCUCAAUGGGCCAUGCGCUCCCUUGGCCAGGGUCUUCACAUCCUCGACUGGCUCGAGCAAGUCACAUUCCCUCACGAGGCACGAUUCUCAGACCCGGCUUAUGCUCGAAAGGUUUAUGAGAGCUGCGUCAAAGGGUUCCUCAAGCAGGGCAUCACCACCGCCUCCUACUACGGGUCGAAGCAUGCUAAAGCGACGCAGAUCCUGGCAGAUAUAUGCAAAGAUUUGCACCAACGUGCUUUUGUAGGGAAAUGUAACAUGGACCGCAAUGCGCCGGGCUACCUUCACGACGAGUCUGCCGAAUCAUCCUUGAGGGAAACGGCCGAGUGUGUGGAGCAUAUCCGGCAGAUUGACCCGACAGGACAGCUAGUUCGACCUGUUCUGACUCCACGCUUUGCGAUCUGUUGCACGCCAGACUUGCUAUCGGGAUUGGGGACAAUGGCAAUUGAAGACCCGUCGUUGGCAAUCCAGACACAUUUCAAUGAAGCUGAGCAGGAGAUCAAGGCGACGAGGGAGUUGUUCCCCGAGUUCUCGAGUGAAGCCGACCUCUAUGGCCACUACGGUCUCCUCAACCAACGAUCAAUUCUCGCGCAUUGCACAUUCAUGACCGAUUAUGAAAUGGAAAAGAUUCUAGAGUACGGAUGCGGCGUCGCGCACUGCCCAAUCUCAAAUAUGACGGUUGGCGGUGGCUUCAUGGCUGCGUCGAUACGCCAGUUCUUGAACAGAGGUAUCAAGGUUGGCUUGGGCACAGACAGCGGGGGCGGCUUCUCUUCAAGCAUGCUUGACACCAUUCGUCAGGCCAUCAUAGCCUCCAACGCCCGGGAAGUUAUGUCCAGCGGCAAAGACAAGGCUCUGUCCCUGGAUGAAGUCUUCUACUUAUCAACAUUGGGUGGUGCUACCGUGUGCUGUCUCGAGGAUAAGAUUGGGAACUUCGCCGUGGGUAAGGAGUUCGACGCCAUAUGGGUGACCUGCCCAUCGGACGAAUCAUUCGGUGUCAUGACUGUGCGCGAGGAAGCAGACGGUUUGAGGACUAUCUUCGAAAAGUUCCUCAUGACGGGGGAUGAUCGCAACAUUGCCAGAGUGUACGUGCAGGGCGAGCUUGUCAAGGAUGGGUUGAUUGCUUGAAUCGUUUACGUACCAGCUGCUUGAGCUCAUUGUUAUUGAUGAAUAUAGUCGCUCUAAACCCCCCAUAAGUGGUCUAGUGCAGUUCACCCGAUACAUAUGUAAUAUCACGAAUACCCGAUAACGCAGAGAAACGGC